AUGUCUUUCCAAAAGAAGGACAUCCCGGAUGCCAGAGUCAUGGGGGUCAACUCUGGUAAGGGUGAUAUUAAGCAGAAUGGCUCGACAGCAAGCCCUCAGAACAACUUCCGAACUGAUAGUGCUAUCUCCACUACUCCUCGCCCAGGUCGUGAGCGAGUCUUGCAACCAUGGGUGGGACCAAGCAGCUCAGAUGGACUCGAUAUGAGUUUAGAGAAGUCGUCUGGAAGCGGUGGCGCUUGGGAUCAGUUCGCCGCGAAUGAGCGUCAGUUUGGAAUCAAGAGCACCUAUGACGAGAAUAUUUACACGACCGCAAUUGAUAAGAGCCAUCCGCAAUAUAAGGAACGUGUGGCUGCAGCGGAAAAGAAGGCGAGAGAGAUUGAACGAAGCGCAGCAGCCACUGCUCAUGUUGCUGAAGAGAGAGUCAUGGAUUACACUGGCGGCGAUGAUGCGGGUGGUGAUGAAGAGGACAAGUACAGUGGUGUUAAGCGACAUGAUUUCCCCCCCUUACCUAACAGCCGGGAGAACAAGUAUACCCCACCGGCAAGACGAGCGCCAGCUGCAGCGUCGAGUGUAAAGGGCGCGCCCGUUGACCCUGCCAUCAUAUCGUCGCAGCUCAAGCAGAAGAACCAGCCUAUUAUUCCGAAGCAGGACGAUGGCAAAUCUCGCACGGUCCCUAAAACAGAAGCACCCGUAGCAUCUCCUGCCGGCAAACCGGCUGAGACUAAGCCUGAUGGAAAAGUUGAGCCACAGGCGAAGCCGGCGGAAGGUAAAGUGGCGAACCAACCCACAGCUUCGUUGAAGCCAUCUGCGGCUACCAGCCGAACUAUCUCGCCUCAGGCCAAGGAUGGUCAAGGUGUUCCUCCUAGUGCUACUUCCACCGUCGAACGGGACGUGCUCAAGGAAUUCAAGACGUUCGCCAACCAGCAGCGGUUGAACGCCGAGAAAGCCCGCAGCACUAAGGCUAAAGCCGACAAGGAAGUGAAGUUAAUCGAACUGAAGAAGUUUGCUGAUAGCUUCAAGCUACCGACUCCAGUUCCCAUGGACUUGAUUUCAAUCAUUGCUAAAGACCCUGCAAAACAGAGAGAGAUUCAAGAGAAGGCGAAGCGUGACGCUGCCGAAGUCGCCAAGAGAAAGGCCGAAGAAGCCGCUGCUAAGGAGAAGAAGGGUGCCGCCACUAAAGAAGCUCAAGUCACUACGACAUCACAGGCGCCUCCUGAGAACAGGACUAGCCGUCCAACUUCUAACGCUCCGAGCGCAGCAAACGCACCGGCUCCCUCUCGUCACCAGGGUAAUCGUUCGAGUUAUGCGCCUUCUUAUCCUUACCAAGGCAACCGUGGAGGUCCGCAGCAUAUACAACCGGGUGGCCGCCAAGGAAACCUGGGCGGGCGUCUCCGAGCGUUAGAUGCGCAAAAGGCGCAAGGCCAGGACGGUCGAUUACCUCCAACCGGCCCUGCCAACACAACUGAUCCCUCUUUCAACCGUCGCAUGGGCGGUGUAUCGGGUCAUUUGAGUGGGAAACUGAAUCCCAACAGUCACGAGUUUCGACCCAGUGUGUUUGCACCUACAUUCAGUCCUAAUGGCCAUCCUAGCGCAGGCUCAAGUCCGCGCUCAGCUGUGAAUCAUGCGACUGAAAUACAGUCUGCUAAUUCGACUACCACGCAUGCAAUUCUCAUUGUCGUGACUAAGAAGAAGAAGGCGGUUGACAAGAAGAAGUGUAACAUUUUGGCUUUUGUGAAGACGAUUCAACCGCCCGAGAACAAGAAUUGGAAUGAGAAUGAUGGACUCCGACCAUCUUACGACACCCCACCUACCUGGCGUUCCGCAACUGAUGACGAGAAGCCUGAUUCUACUAUGCGACUGUCUUACGAUGAAUACUUUGAGAGACAACCGUUUAACGCACAGCCUACUCCUAACCCUCCCCACCUGCUUCCUCAGCUGGCUCAUCAACACCAGCUGCCCCUUCACAUGCAACAUGGUGCUCACCCUUCUGCACCGCGACACUCACCUCACGUACCUCCCGUUCAAGUUCAUGGACAGCAUAAUCCUGUCCAUGCUCCAUUCAACCCGGACGACCAUAGAAUGAUGCAUUCUAACUCGUCUCAGUCUUAUUCAUCCCCAAGAAUGGGUCAAGUACCGAUGGUCUAUCCACCUAACAUGAAUUCGGCUCAGAUGCCAUACAACCAGCACAUGAUGCCUGCAUUUAUGGGCCCCGGAGGAGCACCGCCGAUGAACCAGUUCAACCGCAGCUUCUCAAACACCCCUCAGUAUGCGCCGCCGCAACAGGGAGGAAUGGGUGCGCCUAUGAUGAUGCAGCCGCAAUUCAUGACGCCGCAGCCCAUGGUCGCUGCUCCUCCGCAAAUGCCGUACCCCGCUGCCGGCCACUUACAGUUCAUGCCUCCCGGUACCACCCCGCCGCAACCGAUGCCUGGAACCAAUGGCUAUCCAAGUCCGGGAAGGCCAGCAGCAACUAUGAUGGCGCACCAAGGAUCACAGCAGGGACAGCCGAUCGGAUAUGGCAUGAGCCCCGGCAUGCAAUAUCAGCAGCCGGUGACUUUCGUGCCACAACAGCAGGGCCAGAUGAAUAACAUGCGAGGAUAUAACAAUCCCGGCCCUCAACAACACUUUGGAACGAGCCCGCAACAAGUCCACCAGUACGGACCGCCGCACCGAAACGGAAGUAACAACUUCAAGAAUUACCAGAAUCACAACCAACACCAAGGUCCGCAAGGUGGGCACGCGAUUCCAGCGGGGCCUCAAGGUCGAUCUUCGGACGGCCCUGACGAAGCUAAGUGA